AUGACGUUACCCACAUGUAUAAGCACUGCAUUCAGUGCUGAGAGAUGCUAUACGUUAAAUCUACUCACUGUGCAAAGAGAGAUGAUGGAGAAGUCAAGUAGUGAGGAUUCUUCAAUUCACCGGAGUCCAUCUUUGGAUAGCAAAGACUCAGGUUUUGCUAAACCUUCUACCUCAGGGAGGCAGUUUGGCCGCGGUUUUACUGCUGGAGCGUUCUAUGGUACAACUGGAUCACGCACACAGAGCCACACUGGAGCUGGAACCGGCACCGGCAUCGGGACUGGCGUGAAAAGCGACAAGUACAGUGCACCCAAAGGCAGCAAAUACGUGGUCUUUUACCUGGAUCUAUCCUUUGUUUUCCUUUUAGAAUUUAAGAAGUGCAACAUGGCAAGAGGCUGCCUGUGUUGUUUGAAAUACAUGAUGUUCCUUUUCAAUUUAAUAUUUUGGUUGUGUGGCUGUGGGCUGCUGGGUGUGGGCAUCUGGCUCUCCGUCUCGCAAGGAAACUUUGCCACAUUUUCUCCCAGCUUUCCAUCGCUGUCAGCUGCCAACCUGGUCAUUGCCAUCGGCACAAUCAUCAUGGUGACCGGCUUCCUGGGAUGCCUAGGUGCUAUCAAGGAGAACAAGUGCCUGCUGUUGAGUUUUUUCAUCAUUCUGCUCAUAAUUCUCCUGGCAGAGCUGAUACUACUCAUUUUGUUCUUUGUUUAUAUGGACAAGGUCAGCGAAAGUGCUAAGAAGGAUUUGAAGGAAGGUAUGAAGCUCUACAAUUCAGAAAAUAAUGUUGGACUGAAAAAUGCAUGGAAUAUCAUUCAAGCAGAGAUGAAAUGCUGUGGUGUGAAUGACUUUACGGAUUGGUACCCGGUGCUGGGAGAGAACACUGUGCCAGACCGAUGCUGUACAGAGAACUCACAAGACUGUGGGCGGAAUUCCACUGGCUUGGUGUGGAAAACGGGGUGCUAUGAGAGAGUUAUGACCUGGUUCGAUGAGAAUAAGCAUGUCCUCGGUUCAAUUGGGAUGUGCAUCCUCAUAAUGCAGAUUCUUGGCAUGGCCUUCUCCAUGACACUCUUCCAGCAGAUUCACAGGACUGGCAAAAAAUACGAUGCCUAAAGCCUCUGAACCGUUCCCACAUCAACCCUUCUGUCUCCUCAUAAAAAUGAACAAAAGGAAUGACUUCAAGAAGUGUCAAGCCUAGCCCUGCUGAGGGAAUCCGUCCCAGUGACCAAUCUACUUUGCUGUUACUCGUCCAGUUAUUAUCACCACUUGUUGUUUGACUCAUUUUUGUGUCACUUUCUCACUUGCCAUUUAUUUGCCAAAGAGGGGGGAAACUCCCCAAACAAACGGAUUUUCUACACAAAAUCAUAGAUCUGCUCUAAGAACGUUUCUUAAGUGAAGAAAAUGUUUUGCUCUACUAAUCCUUGUGCAAAAAAUAUGUGUGUUCAGCUUCAAGGGAGAAUCCUUCAAAGUCUUCCAUUAAGUUUUCAGCCCUCAUGUCUAAUCUACUGGAAGACUCGGGAAAGUCACUCUAACUGAGUGAUGUAGUAAUUGGAGCUGCUUUGCUUUGCAGCUUCUUGUACCUUACAGUGUAUACUUUUUUAUUAUGAUAAUGAUGAUUAUUAUGAUGGAUGUAGCUUAGAAUUUAGUUGCCUGACAUUACUUCUUACUGUUUCUGGUUUUACACAUUUAUUGUACAUUACUAUGGGAACCACUGUGUGAUCUCAGAGGACAAAGUUGAUGGUGCAAGCAAAUAAAGACAUAACUUUUCUUAAGUCCAUGGGGAGGCAUCAUCUACCUUCAUCAGGGCCUUGAUGCCCUUACUGUAACAGAGGUGGUUCCUUUUGACUCAGAGGUUCUUCCUUAGGUGGAACACAAUGCCUUCCUAUAGGACCAGAUGGUGAGCUUUCUACUCCUGUGAGGCCUUUACUCAUCCAAAGCAGUGUCUGGCUACUUUGAUGUUGUGCUACUUUGAAAGCUAAAAGUUGUGUUACUGCUCCCCCAGCACGAAGGAGAGAGAUUGCAACCUGACCUAGUGGAGAGCUGGAAGCAGACUUCACAGAUUGUGUGGUCUGCUUCAAAAUGUCUAUCUUAGGCACAUCAUGCUGCUGGAUAGGAGGGAAUGGAUGGCAAUUUGAUGGCAACAUUGUCAUGCCAUGCCCUUCCUCACAGGGAUUUCCUCAGGCAGAGGAAAUCCAGCUGUCUUCCUGAGCUGGAAAAGAUGGCUUGAUUAAAGGUGACCAGACAAAAGGGGCAAUUUCCAAAACAGCACUCAGAGACAGUGUGUGCUCUCACACUUUCAGUACAGAAUUGGUUCUUGCUGAUGGACUGCCACGUGCAUCCAGUGGGGUAGUUCAGAGUUCACUGCAAUGUGCAUUUUUACCAACAUUCCUGUUAGAAAACUUGAAUAUGUAGUUCUGUAGUUUGAAUGUGGCUUCCUUGCAAGUAGCCUUCAUUUACCUUUUGUUCCAAGUGUUUUGCUGGUUUGUGAAAGAAGAACAGGCUCAGGCACUGGGGUGUUCUUGUUUAACUUCAGUCAGUGCUCAGCUCAGCUCUGAAAGAAACACUGGUUGUUUAGGUUAGCAGGAGUCAGAAGUGACCUGCUCGUCAAGGUCAUCCUCACCCAGCAAUGGUU